CGCGGACGCUGUUGCCUCGGGCACCUCCCACGAUCUGCGCCUGCGUACUCCUACCCGCCACGCCCCACGCUUUGCGCCCCGUGGCCUCCAGGGCGCGAGCGGGCAUGGUGCUGUCCGAGCUGGCUGUGCGCCUCAACAGCGCCGAGUACAAGAACUGGGUGAAGGCAGGCCACUGUCUGCUGCUGCUGCGCAGCUGCCUGCAAGGCUUCAUCGGCCGCGAGGUGUUCUCCUUCCACCGCGGCCUGCUCGCGGCAGCGCCCAGCCUGGGUCCCCGCGCCGCCUGCUGCGGCGGCUCACGGUGCAGCCCGCGCGCCCGCCAGUUUCAGCCUCAGUGUCAGGUGUGCGCUGAAUGGAAACGGGAGAUUUUAAGACAUCACAUCAACAGAAAUGGAGAUGUGCACUGGGGAAACUGCCGGCCGGGCCGCUGGCCCGUCGACGCCUGGGAGGUGGCCAAGGCCUUCAUGCCACGAGGACUGACAGACAAACGAGGACCCGAGGAAUGUGAUGCCGUUGCUCUCUUAAGUCUCAUCAACUCCUGCGAUCACUUCGUGGUUGAUAGAAGAAAAGUCACAGAGGUGAUUAAGUGUCGUAAUGAGAUCAUGCACUCUUCAGAAAUGAAAGUGUCUUCUGCAUGGCUUCGAGAUUUUCAGAUGAAGGUCCAAAAUUUUCUGAAUGAAUUCAAGAAUAUCCCAGAGAUUGUGGCAGUAUACUCCAGAAUAGAACAGCUGUUGACAUCUGACUGGGCUGUUCACAUCCCCGAGGAGGAUCAGCGAGAUGGGUGUGAAUGUGAAAUAGGAACUUACCUGAGUGAGAGCCAAGUCAAUGAAAUAGAAAUGCAGUUACUAAAAGAAAAACUUGAAGAGAUGUACCUUCAAGCAGAAGAACAAGAGGUGUUGCCUGAAGAGCUCUCAAAUCGACUAGAAGUGGUGAAGGAAUUUCUGAGAAACAAUGAGGAUCUUAGAAAUGGUCUUACAGAAGAUAUGCAGAAGCUAGACAGCCUCUGUCUACAACAUCAAAAACUGGAUUCAAAGGAACCUGGGAGACAGACGCCUGAAAGGAAGGCCUGAGGUCUGCUGGUGAUGAACUUGAACUUCAGUCAAUAAAUGUCACGUGGUGCAGAAAGUAAAAGUGCUCAAGAAAUGAUGGGACAUGGCAAAAGGACACGAGAGCCAACUUAAAGGGCUUCCCAAUGGCCAAAUCUGGGAAGACUGAACAACAAAAUAAAUGACGGUAAUGGAUUAUAAUGCGGAGAGUAAAACAAAUAUGCAUGAGUUUCUGCUGACGAUAAUGAAAUACAGAAACGGGGGAGAAGAUAAAGCUCUUCUUUACAGUGGAAUUCCAAUUAGUAAAUAUAGAAGGAAUGGUGGAAUAAAAUCAUUUGGCAAACACCA